AUGGCAGCCCUCUCGCGGCGCCUCUUCCACCAGGCCGGCCGCGUCCUCGGCCACGAGAACCCCCUCGGCCUCCCGCGGACCGGCUCUAUCCCCCGCAUGCAGCGGGGCCUGCCCGAGCGCCGCAAAAUCCCGGAUGUCGCCCGCGUCAUCGCCGUCUCCUCCGCCAAAGGCGGCGUCGGCAAGAGCACCGUUGCGGCAAACCUAUCCCUCGCCUUCGCCCGCAUGGGCUACCGCUCCGGCAUCCUCGACACUGACAUCUUCGGGCCCUCCAUCCCUACGCUGUUCGACCUUAACGAGGAGCCACGCCUCUCCUCGAAUAACCAACUCCUGCCUCUGUCCAACUACGGCGUCAAGACCAUGUCGAUGGGAUACCUCGUCGGCGAAGAGGCGCCUGUCGUGUGGCGCGGCCUCAUGGUCAUGAAGGCCCUGCAGCAGCUGCUGCAUGAGGUCGACUGGGGCGGCCUCGACAUUCUCGUGCUCGACCUACCCCCCGGCACGGGCGACACCCAGCUUAGCGUCACGCAGCAGAUCGUGCUCGACGGUUCUCUCAUCGUCACUACGCCGCACACCCUAGCAGUCAAGGACGCCGUCAAGGGAAUCAAUAUGUUCAAGAAGGUCAACGUUCCGCUGCUUGGCCUCGUCCAGAACAUGUCACUCUUCCACUGCCCGCACUGCCACCACCAAACGGCGGUAUUUGGUUCCAACGAACGCGUCAAGCAGGUCUGCGGCGAGCACUCGAUCGAUCUGCUCGGCGAUAUCCCGUUGCACCAGAGCAUCGGCGACGAUGGCCAGAGAGGGAAGCCGACCGUCGUCUCCGAGCCGGACAGCGAGAGGGCGAAGGCGUUCAUGGACAUCGCUCACCUAGUAGGGUCGAAAGUGGGGUUGUAAACCGAUGCUAUGUUGCCACGGGAUAUGAUACUAUACAUACUGCUGACGGAACGAACACCUGCAACCCGAAGCCUACGGCAAGAUCCCGUAGCUCGUCCCUACGCUUGUACUGGAUCGACUUCGAAUGCGUGUCGUAACCGGCGACUGGCAUCAGCCGGGCCAGGCGUGCCAACGGGUGGCGGGUUACUCCGAUCCCUAUCUGUGGCGAGAUUUUAGCAAAUCAAUCUCUAACCAUCGCGGGGUCGUGACGAUUCCAAAAAUAACCCUCCAUUUUGUAAGCUUUUUGUACAUGAUGAUGCUCAGGAACUGGGCUGGGGAGAGCCGAGCGUGUGAAGAGAGCGUCUAGUUCGAGGGCCAGGUUAGCAUCUGUAGAACCCAAAUAGGGACAAAGGGGAUCAAAAGCGUAAACCUCCAGCCCCAACUCUCGCUUCAUUCGGUGCUAUAUAGUCCGCACAACUUCCUCCACAACGACGACCGCCUGUUGUCCGUA